AGUCAACCAUCCAUUCCUUAUUAUUCUUAGCUAAAUUAUAUUAUGUAAUUUGGCAACAUUUUACAAUUAACAUAUUCGGUGAAAAAAUUGCGAAAUGUGCGAGCGCUUUUGUCCGAAUCAUUGUUUGAAUCACUAAUUAUUUUUAAAGCCUAAAACUCCUAAUUUUUUUGCUGGAAUUUAAAUACAAACAUUUAAAAUGUCAUAUCGUGACCGGCGUGAUAGUCAUGGAAGGAGACAUGAUAGCAGAGAUCGCCAUGAUAGCAGACGAUCUGAUGCAAGUAGUUCCCGCCGUAGUCGAAGUCCGUCUCCACCGCUGCUUCACAAAGAUGUUCCCCGGUCUUUUGGACGGAUUCCUGACGAAGCAGCUAAGGAUGAUGACAGCAAUGUCCUUCAACGGAUGACUAAGAAAUUUGUAAAUUGCCCUCUAGGUUCUCUUACAAAAUGCCUGGAAGGAAACCGAAAGAUAAAAGUGUGGACAAGAAACUUCAAAGAAGUUCGAGGAAUAUGCACAGGCUAUGUAAUAGCCUUUGACAAGCACUGGAACCUGCUGAUGAAUGACGUCGAUGAAAUUUAUUUGAAACCUCGCAAAUCAAAAACUCCUUUUUUGGAGAAUUUGACAGCUGCACAGGACUUUUCUGAACUGCCAAAAAAAGUUCCAAAAAAGAAAAAAGACCCAAAAGCCGGAGAAAGUAAUCCUCCACCUUCUGAACCUGUUGAAUCUGGUACUGAGAGUACUGCUGCAGGUGCAGAGGGAAAAAAGAAAAAGAAGAGGCGCAGCAAAAGUAAAAAACGUCCUGCCCCACAAAAGCGUCAUAUCCAAAAACUAUUUGUAAGGGGUGAUAAUAUUGUUAUGGCUGCAAUAAUGGAUGAGUCAGAAGAAGAAGAUGAAGUGGAGGAGGGAGAAGAGGAUUAAAAUAUUCAUAUGAGCUUAAACUGAUGUCUUCAUUUUCUUUUGAAUUACUGUAUAUUUUCUUUUUUUAUAUUUGUCUUUCAUCAAGUCAUGUAAAGUAAUAAACAUUUGUUCCUGUUUCAA